AUGCCUGUCGAUCGCAGGAAGGCUGCUGUAUUUGGUGGCGCCCUCGCCUUGCGACUACUACUCUUGCUUUUGUUUCCCUCCCUGCCUGACUUACUGACAGGCCGAGUGGAGGUCUCGACACCGGUGACCAGCUUCAAGAGGCUCCAGGAAGGUCUUUUUCUUUACAACCGCAAUGUAUCACCUUACGACGGAGGCGUCUUCCACCAAGCUCCGCUUCUACUUCCGAUAUUCUCCCUUUUGCCGAACGCCCAAGAGUGUCCUCUUCCAACUGCACUUUUUUACUCGCUUGUCGACUUGCUCAAUGCGAAUGCUCUCAUUACUAUCUCCGAUUCCGCACAGGCGGUUUCCGGUAUAUGGUACUCGUCAAUAAGGAAGCACCUCAAAUGGGACGGAGCUGUGGUUGCAGCUUGGUUCCUCUUUAACCCCUUUACUAUCGCAACGUGCCUCGGACGAUCAACCGCAGUAUUUACCUCGACCGGAAUUCUCUAUGCACUUUCCGCGGCGGUUCAAGGCCACACCCUCAAUUCUAUGUUCGCAUUAGGGUUUGCGUCGUAUCUGUCUAUCUAUCCGGCCCUUCUAUUCAUCCCUCUCGUCCUCCUUUGCUAUGAUAGACAGGUCCAGCGCAGCCAAAGCUCGCCCUCUGUUGCUCUAUUCGUGGUGAAAUAUUUCGCGGUCUUUCUUCUAAGCGUCGCGGGGCUCCUUGGGAUAUCUCUUCUAAUUAUUGGCGAUUUUCCCACUCUAAUCUCUGCAACAUACGGCUUCCAGCUGCUCGUUCCAGACCUUACCCCCAAUAUUGGUCUUUGGUGGUACUUCUUCAUCGAAAUUUUCGACUCGUUCCGGGACUUUUUUCUCGGCGUUUUCUGGCUCCAUCUAGCAGCAUAUGCCGGUAGUCUGACUGUGCGGCUACGUCGACAACCUUUGUUUGUCGUCACCUCACUGCUGGGGAUCUUUGCGGUCUUCAAGCCGUAUCCGAGUAUUUCGGAUGCUUCACUAUAUUUCGCUCUUCUCCCGCUUUACCGACACAUCUUCCCUUUGAUGCGCUACACCUUUUUCUCCGUUUCGGCUAUUCUCUAUGCCUCGUUACUGGGUCCUGCUUUUUACCACCUCUGGAUCUACGCCGGCUCUGGGAAUGCCAACUUCUUCUAUGCGAUUACUCUUGUGUGGAGUUUAGGUCUAUCACUCGUCAUUGCGGAUACGGUCUUCGCUGCGCUCCGCGACGAAUGGGAACAAGAAAACCCGGAUAAGCGCGGCAAAUCCGUCAAACAGGUGUAA